AUGAUUAUAUGUAUUAUUAUUGACUUUUGUCAUCCGAUAAACUUCUGGAUGAUAGCAAGAAUAUCCAGCAAGUGGAGUAAAAUUCUCCGUAAAGAAAGCUUUAUCCGGGAUGGCUGGACAAGAGGAAUACAGCCGGUCAAGAAGAUUAUCCUGGAUUUUAGCGGGGCAAGACAAGAAUACCCUGAUACAGCCAGGCAAGAAGAGUAUCCAGAUCCUGCUGCUACUGCUGUUUUAGAUGCUUUAUCGAAUUUUUUUCCGCUUAAUCCAACAAUUCAUUGGGAGUAUUAA